AUGGCAAGGAUCAAGAAGAAGGCCGCCGUGAUAUGCUGCUGCGCGUUGCUCGCGGCGUCCCUCCUGCUCGGCGCCGCCCUCGCCACCGCGCUCUACUUCCUGCUGCUCCGCCCGCACCCGCCGCGUGUGGUGGCAACGGCGGUGGACACGCAGCUCGCCGCCUUCACCGUCCUCCCGCCGGCGCUCAACUUCUCCCUGGCCGUCGACGUCACCGUGCACAACCCAAGCCACGCGCCGUUCCGGUACGGCGAGGUGGUCACGGCGGUGACGUACCGCGGCGCGGCGGUGGGGCGGUCCGCCGCGCCCGCGGGGAAGAUCCCGGCGCGGUCGACGAGGACGGUCGGGGCGCGGGUGCGGGUUGACGCGGCGAGGGUCAUCCUGAGCAGGCACUACAUGGUGGACAUUGUGGCAGGCGCGCUGCCCUUCGAGGCCAAGACGGCGGUGGCGGGGAAGGCCGCGGCGCUCCGGCUGUUCAGGGUGAGCGCGGACGCCGAGGCAUCGUGCAGUGUCAUCCUGUACCCGUUCAGGCGGGAGAGCAGCUCGCACUGCACCUCCACGGUUCGCGUCACAUGA